AUGAAGCGGCGGGACUUGCUCUUGGCGACCAUCCUCGUGCUGGCCGCCGCCUGCACCGCCACGGCCGCCGGGAAGAAAGCCGCCAUCCGUCGGAAGCAUGAGAAGCUGCAGCCCCAGGCGGCCGGCGGCUCGUCGUCGUGCGACGUGUACAGGGGCAGCUGGGUAGUGGACGAGUCGUACCCGCUGUACGACGCGGCGAGCUGCCCCUUCGUCCGCAAGGAGUUCGACUGCCGCCGCAUGGGCCGCCCCGACACGAUGUACCUCAAGUACCGGUGGCAUCCCAACCCGCCGUGCUCCUUGCCAAGGUUCGACGGCGUGAAGCUGCUCAACAUGUGGCGCGGGAAGAAGGUUAUGUUCGUGGGCGACUCGCUGGUGGUGAACCAGUACGAGUCGCUGCUGUGUAUGCUGCACGCCGCCGCGCCCGGCGCACGGACCAACCAGUCGUGGGCGUCGGGGGAGAACCCCUCCACCACAGUGCGUUUCGAGGACUACGGUGUGACUCUGGUGUACUUCUUGUCGCAUUACCUGGUCGACCUCGCCAACGACACAGCCGGGCGUACCGUCCUGAAGCUCGACGGAAUGGACGAAGGCCGCGCGUGGCUCGGCGCCGACGUGCUCGUCUUUGGCUCGUGGCGUUGGUGGUGGCGCAAGAGUUGGGAUUACAUCCAAGACGGCAACACGGUCGUGCAGGACAUGGACCGGACCCAGGCCUUCACCAAGGGCCUGCAAACGUGGGCUAGAUGGGUCGACGCCAACCUCGCCCAGACCAGUACAAGAGUCUUCUUCCAGGGAUACUCGCCCAAUCACCUCGAUAGCCAAGAAUGGGGAGAGCCGCCGGGUAAGACGUGCAUUGGGGAGACGCAGCCGCUAAACAACGCCGCGGCGUACCACGGCCAGCCCAACCCGCAAGACGCGAUCGUGAGAAGGACCCUGGCGGGCAUGGCGAAGCCGGUGCACCUGCUCGACAUCACCUUCAUGUCCGAACUGAGGAAGGACGGCCACACCACCAAAUACAACGGCGACAGCCUCGGCCGUGACUGCACCCACUGGUGCGUCGCUGGCGUCCCAGACACCUGGAACACUGUCUUGUACCUUGCAGGGAAUUCAUGA